ACAGGUUGGCUCGGGUACGGGAGACGUCCUUCAUCUCGAACCCGCAAGCUCUCUGCAGCAUGCUGUCUGGUAUUCCAUGCCAGACCAACCCGGGCCUCGAUAUUCCAUCGUCCUCCCAAGAGAGACUGUACCGGGCACUCACUGCGACUCACAACUUUGUUUCUCGGCCGUGGGGCAUCCUCGACAGCCGUGCCUGGGCUUUCCAAGAGCGGCUCCUUUCCCGCCGCAUCAUCAGCAUCACUCGCGAGGGCUUGUUUUGGGACUGUCUGCACCAUUCGGCCUCUGAUCGGAGACCCGCUGGCAUCAAGGGUGACCAUUCGCCCGAAUUCAGGGACUCUGACGACCGCAACCUCAAACGGCUCUUGCUCGGCGCUCUGCCAGGCCCCUUUGAGGCUUCAGACUCGGUCCCCCUCGCGUCUCGAAACGCGUCCCGAUCGGAUCUGCUUCGGCACUGGCGUCGGAUCCUUCAGCAGUAUACCAAGCGAUCCCUUACAUACCAGACGGACAAGCUUGUUGCUGCAGAUGGAGUGAUGGGGCGGAUGGGCAAGCUCCUUCUAGACGACAACGUUCUGGGGAUAUGCCGUACCGAUGCGGUUCGGUGUCUUCUCUGGUUCGAGGAGCCCAGAUUCGACGUUCUCCGUCACCUACGCUCAAGAAAUAAACUCGCACUUCCGGAUCCUGCCUUUCAGCGACCGGAUCCAUCUCGCCAAUAUAUAACCCCGGAUAGCCUCACGCCCAAUCUCACAGUACCUUCUUGGUCCUGGGCUGGAUCUGUGAAUCCCAUACAAUACCGCCUCUGGCAUCCGCGCAACAGCAACCAGGACUCGCCCAAGGAGCAGUUCACCGAGCUAGCUACCGUCAAGUCCAUGUAUACGCAACGAAGCGAUGAUGAGCUUUUGGGCAGUUAUGAGGGGCUACUUGUCCUCGAGGGGCACUGUGUGUACUGCUUCAUUCACGGCUCCAACGUCCAUGCCUAUUACUCUGCUGGUCGUCCGUUCGAGUCCUGGCUCAGAGGCCGCAGACCUCGAGACGGGUCAUUGACCGAGUCUACGCCCCUGCUCGCCGAUGAUGUCGACGGAUAUCUGACCAGACGCCAAGCGCACCAUCGAGAGCAUGAGACAAGACGGCAAACAGAGAGCUGGCCAGAAGAGCGGCUGCGUGCGGAUCACAUGGCAAGACGCGACUUCACAUUCUUACGCAACCACUUUGAGGGUAACCUAGCCGGAGACGCGCCGAGAGGAUCGCAUUCGAACCACCAAAACUACGAGAUGGCCCGCCUGCUGCUGGUGGGUAAUGGUGGCUAUGACCGCUUCAACAUGGGACAGCAUUGCAUGGUGCUCCGGCAGGUCGGGUUGGGAUGGAAACGGAUUGGAAUCUGUGUCUUUGAGGCGCAAAAGUGCUGCCUCCAGGACCCGCGGCGCUGUCAAAGGGGGUGUAUUUCUGCGGAGGGUAUAAAGCCGUGCCUUGGGUUUUGGGAUCGGGUUGAAGUCGAGUAAGGGACUGGGUUAUUCGCAACUGAGCUGCCCCUGCUUCACGUUGAUGACAUUGAGCGCUGUGCCUCUCCCACUGUGGCGCAGUUAGUGCGCUUGCGCCCAUCAAAUCGGACCGCCGCGCCCGUCUCGGAGCCCGACGGCGAUCGCAGCCCC